UAACGCGAGGGCGGUAAGGGCCGCAAAAGAGUACAAAGGUGUUCUUUGGCACAAUGUUACUGAAACCGCAUUUCUGCUUUUUUAUUGAUCGAACUUAGCAGGAUACUGCACAGAACAGCUGUGAGGAAUUCAGUCACAUCAGCCCAUGGAACGUAUCCAUGGAGGAAGGAAUGCUCAUACCACAGAACACCUAAUAGCGACGGUUCACUUACGUUAGCUUUGAAGCCGACUGUUCUGCAUUGAAUUUUUUACUUGCAGGAUGGCUGAAAACCCCUUUGUUGCGUCUCAAGGGACUGGCUCUGGGCAUCUCUUGGAAUAUUCCAGAGGCUUUGACGAGAUUGAAAGUGCAGACAUCAACAUGCAAUUUGUUGGAACCUGUUCAAAGGUCAACUUGACCUGCUUAUUCCAGUGUACCUAUCAAGUUCUCAAAGCGAACAGUCCUGCCAGUGAUCUCCCUGUGGUUGUGGGCCUCAACAAACAGCCUCAGGAUGUUGUAGUAUUCUGCCAGGAGAAUGCAUACAGCAUUGUGUCUGAAAUUGGAGCAGCUAUUGACAAGUGCUUACUGCAGGCACUUGGAAAAGACAUUAAUGCCGCUGGCCUGUAUGGUUUGGCCUUUGUUAGAUGUGGAGAAUUUGAGGAUGCUGCAUUUAUAACUUUUGUGAAGAACAACCAGCUAGUCAUAAAAUACCUUGUUUCUUUCAAGCAAGGUAUGGCUUCGAGCUUUGCUGAUGUACUAAAUAUCAAGUUGCACAAGUUGGGCGUAUCCGAUUCCUGUAGACUGGUAGCAGCAACUGUUGAUAGAGAUUGCUUUCAUAUGGAGGAGAUCGAGGCCUUAUUAAGUGCAAAAAAGGACCGCACUAAUGCACUCCUCGAGUUUCACUGUGUCAUUUACAAGUUAGAAUCUGUACUGGGUCACGCACUACAGAAGUCGAUGCUGGAAGACCCUCAAGUAGCCAUUAUAGCCAAUCUGUGCAACAUGCUGAAGAACCUGGCUCUAGCUGAUGACCUCAACCUUGGAGAUGCGAUGUUUCAAGGCCCAGAGUCAUCUACGAGCACGUUUUUUAAUUACAAGACCCUGGUUACGCUGCACAAUCACUGGUUGGACAUUGUGACCAAACUGAAUAAAGUUUUGGUGGACUCGCUCGUGGAAGACGACCGUCAGGUGAUCUCUUUCAUUCUGGCAACCCUCAAGUCGACGACAUUCAUAGUGAACCUGGCGUUUUACAUCGAGCUCUUCCGAAGCCUACACGAGUGGACAAGCCGGGUGGUGGUGCUGGGCAUCCCUGCUUACCAGGUGCUCAACGAGUUGCAGGGUGCCUCGAGCACGCUCCGCCACCACACAGCUACAGGUGGCGUUCGCGUCGAGGAACUGCUUGAGGAACUGCGACAAAGCUGCGGCCGCUAUCGCGGUGUCGACAUUAGCUGCGAUUUGGAUGAGGCAUUGUUCACGGCCACUAUGAACAAGGUGUGCAGCCUCAUGGCCGAGAUCCUAGAUGACAUUGUGCGCCAGACCAGCCCAUCGAUCAGCAAGUUCAGCAUUCUGGACCCUAAGGUGUGGCCGGUGGACCCGUGUCAGCUAGACGACUUCGGAUUCGACUCAAUAAAAGUGCUGGCGCGAGAGUAUCGCUACUCGCUGCUGGAUAACAUCGACGUGUUCCAAGAAUGGGGAUCGUACAAGCGGACGGUGCAUAAUUCGUUUGUGACGCAACUGAGAGACAACUUCGACGCCCUGGCCGUCAGGAUGGUGUCCUCUUUCAAAAGCUUGUACCCCGGCAUUGUGACGCUUCUGAGCGCGGUGACGCUGCUAUGUCCUGCAUCUAAGGCCCUUCAAAAGUGCACCCAGCUCCUGUUGGAAGGCGAGCAGAGUGAAGAAGUGCGUAACAUUCAGAUCAACGGUCCACCCGUGGGGUCAUGGUCAGCGGCUGCAGCGCUGUCGUUUUUGUUGCAAGAACGCUGUGUUGAACAGACUGCCCAGUUUUCUGACAAAGCUUGUGACCUCGUGCUGCCUCUAGAAGCUGUUAGAAGCUUAUUUGUGAACACCGUUUAGUAAUAGUUUAGUUUUGUAAACACUGUUCAGUUUUGUGGACUGAGGUAUCUUAGCAACUGGGAGCAGUGUGUAAUUGAUCUCACGUCUCUGUUAUAUUUCUGGUGAUGGUUCUGGACAGCCG